AUAAGAAUGUUUAUUGUUGAGUCUACUUUUGCAUUCUCAAUUAUUUUUACAUAUGAUAACGGUGUUAAGUUUGUCGCUGAACUGAUACAAUCUGGUAGAAUACACAGCAUGUAAGAAAGCUCCGUUAACGUAAUUCUCGAAAUACAGACAGGGAGAUGACGCCCUCAUGAUGGAGGCAGCAAACACCGCUGAAAUGUCGGUAAACUUCUACCAUAGUUUAAGACACGAUGCCCCAAAUGACAGAAAUCUUCACAUUCGUCUCAGUGAGAACUUGAAUUCGAAAAGUACAAUUUCGAAACACGAAACAUAUUUUUGUGAUAAGAUAUUCCUUCCACUCACAAGAGGUUUUGAAGUUUUACACUUCACUUUAUCGUUUCGUGACGUCAUUACUGUUGUGUUCUACUUUGUGUCGUGUUAACUCGGUCGGGAGAGCGCAGAAACCUUCACACAAAUUGAUAACAGCUCGCAUGACAAGUUCAAAGAAUUUAUUUCCGCAGUCUAGAAAAAUGGACGAUUUCCAAUUUGAGGUGCUGCAGGGACCACUGGUGGACAAAUUCAAAACUGCUAACCAAACGUUUCACAGCGACGGUGUUAUCAGAAUGUGGCCGCCAGGAUGCGCGAUGUUCGCCGAGUAUCGAAAUCACGCCGAUAGAGUGCGACACCUCACCGUGCGGAAGGACGACGUCUGGAUUCUUACGUAUCCAAAAUCUGGUACCACGUGGACACAAGAAAUGGCCUGGUUACUAAUCAACAACUUGGACUACGAAACAGCGAGGAAGAUCCCGCAGACGGAGAGAUCACCGUACCUCGAACUCGGAUGUCUCGUGGAUGAAGACACCAGACGGAAAGCAAACAUCGCAGACAGCGUGCGUGCAGUGGAGAUGCUGCAAUCUCCACGCUGUAUCAAGAGUCAUCUGCCACUGCAACUCUUGCCGAAACAGCUGUGGACGGUCAGACCCAAGAUCAUCUACGUAGCGCGAGAUGUAAAGGACGUCGCAGCAUCCUACUAUCAUCACUAUCGGCUCUUCUUCGGAUACACCGGCUCCUGCGAGGACUUCGUUGAAGCUUUCUUGGCCGAGAUCGUUCCAUACGGUUCUGUGUGGGAUCACAUAUUGGAUUUCUGGAAUAUUCGCCAUGAAUCCAACGUGAUGUUCAACACUUUCGAAGAGAUGAAAAAGGACCUUCCCAGAGUGGUACAACGCACAGCGGACUUCCUGGACUGCACUCUGACCUCUGAACAGAUGAAGAGACUUUGCGAACACCUCAGCUUCGAGUCCAUGAAGGAAAACCGUUCAGUAUCACAUGAAGACGAAAUGGCCAAACUUCGUGGAAAGGAAACGAACUUGGUAGGAAAGAUUGAGCCGUUCAUGAGGAAGGGGGAGGUAGGAGGUUGGAAAAAUGACGUCACGCCACAGCUAGAAGAGAGGUUGAACGUCUACACUGAAGGGAAACUGGCAGGCGUGGGUUACGAGCUGAAGUAUCAAGAAUAAGAUUCCACUGCAAAGUUUAAAUAACACCUACCCUGUUUAACACCAAGAUGUAAGAGUAUAAACUUAACCUAACCUAAUCUAACCUAACCUAACUUUCCUAACUAAACCGUCUGCUUUCUCUUCUUCUCUAUAAAAUCAAAAUUAAAUUUAUAGUUUUGUGAAUUUUCGUGUUUAGAUUUCUGAAUAAGAAACUGGAAGCUCAAAGACUCUGAUCUGAAAGGCAGCGACUAUUUCCAGAAUAUGAAAGAAAUUCACUGAGACAGUACUUUCCCACUUAAUGCAGGAUUCUCCUGCAACCUAAACCUUUGUCCACUGACUCUCCACACACGAACGUUCUGCUGUGCACGUGCGCACAGCAGUUUUAUAUUUCCAAAAAUUUUUGUGCCCCAUAAACUUCUUUGUAUUACACAUAUUUAUUUAUUUAAGUAAUAUUUCGGUCUUGAUUCGAAACCAGUGCAUACACUACGCAUAUGUUGUGGCUCGUAA